AUGCUCUGGAAAAGGCUGGAGGAGAGUUGUCCCGGCGAUCUGGCUUCGACUGAAGGCCGCACCCAGGAUCUACAGGUCGUGGAGUAUUGUGUCGUUGGUGGCCAGACAGUAGACGAGGGCCCGUGGACUGUGGGCAUGAGCUUUACGGAAGAAGCUGUCUCUCUCCUUUCGAGGGGCAAGGUCAAUACGAAGAUCUCGGUCCAUCUAGCCUUUAGACCUCACACCUCUGUACGAGCGCCCACUACCUAUGUCAUGGAUGCCGGUGGAGGCUGGUUGGCUCAUGAGGUUGUCUCGAGUGUCCCCAUGGCUUCCUUUACUGGAAACGAUAGUGUACUGGAGCUUGCUUCUAGGUGGCUUGAAGAACGUUCUUCGGACCAUGAAGAUUGUCUGAAUGACGAGCUUGACGGCUGGUGGAUGCCAAUGCGAUUGAUCGAGAUCAAGUCCGUUUCGGACUCGGGCUACUGCUUUCGCUCCGUGAGCCCUCCCAGUGAUAUGGUACCCGCGCAAAGAUACCUCACUCUCAGCUAUAGAUGGGGUCGCUCAGAUUGCCUCCGGCUCACAAAAUCCACGCUAUUCGCGCUAAGCAGUUGGACCGACGCUCAAGCGCUUCCCAAGACUUUGAGGGACGCCCUGGUCGUAUGCUCAUAUCUUAAAAGUUCCUAUAUCUGGAUCGAUCGGCUCUGCAUCAUUCAAGACGACCCGCAAGACUGGAUGAGCCAAGCGGCACAGAUGGGCAAGAUAUACGCGCGCGCAUUCUGCAACCUUGCUGCCGAUGCAAGCGAGAAUGACAAUGGAGUUCUGUUCCGAGAUAGGAAUCCGCCAGACCUAGCCUUGCUGCACUAUUAUCGUAAGGGACGUCUAGGCCGGAUCGUAAACUCUGCCCUCCUUGAUUCCUCGCUAUGGGACAGCAGAGUCACAACCGCACCCCUCAAUCAGCGGGCCUGGGUCCUCCGAGAGCGCUUCCUGUCGCGCAGGACGCUCCAUUUCAGUAAGGACCAGCUUCUUUGGGCGUGUCGUGGUAUGACAGCUACGGAGACGUUUCGAAAGGGCCUACAACUCGACGGAGUCACCAAGCGGAUAGGAUUAUUCCAGUAUCCACGAUACUGGGCGCCGGAAUGGCAGGAGAAGAGUUGCGUCAACCGGUGCUCCAUCUGUUGUAGCUGGUAUGGAGAUCUUGUGAGUCCGUUCACAUCGGCUAGCAUAACCUAUGCCGAUGAUAGGCCUCUGGCUUUCGAGGGCAUUGGCAAGAUGGUUAGUGAGAGCAUAAAGGACACUUAUGUGGCUGGCAUGCUUCUGGGCCACUUGCGCAAACAACUUCUCUGGGCAGCGAUACAACUUCCAGACAGCCAAGCCGGUCUCCCUACUGCUGCGCAGAAGCAAUCUGGCCGAGAGUUUCCGAGCUUCUCAUGGCUGUCACUGGACUGUGGAAUCCGUCACAUCGGCUACAACUUCAGGCCGGAGAAACCAUAUUUGUAUGAAGUGCGCAAGGUUGACGUUGGCCCACUCGCAUUAGUAGACGGUCAGCUUCGACAAACCGGACGCCUACAGCUCCAUGGCUUCCUCAUACCAAUACGCCUGACACACGUCGUCGACAGGGCAGGUAAUGAUUCCUGGAAUCUUGAGAAGCCCAGUUCAGAAUUCCGCACAGACUUUGCAGCAUCCGCAGCUCGGUGUUGGGAGGAGAAUGAAGGGUCCCCCUUCCUUCCAUUCAUGUAUCCAGACUGGACUCGUCGCAGCUUGCCACUUUCCAGUCGAGCCGCUGAGCAUCGCCUGAUGCUGGCAGCGUUCGAAGUCUGGACCGUGCAUUUCUUGAUCUUGGAGGAGAGCGAUCUGGAGAAAGGAACCGACAUCUCCUUGAGGCGCUAG